AUGUCUGUGAAUUAUAAUACGCCACAUACUGUAGAUGUGCCUGUAACUGAUUUGGACGACCCAGAAGAUGAUAUAAUUUUUGCAGAACAGGAUACCAAUCACCACCAAGGUGAAAAUAACAAAUACUACAAUCAUGAUGUAAAUGCAUUUUUUGAUCCACUAGAGGAUGAUGAAAGUGGUAAUAAACCAAAUUUGAUAAACAAAUUAAAAUCAUUAUUGGGUAGUAGUUCUAAUCGGAAAAAUCAAUACGAAAUGGUCAAUACAUCGGAUUCUUCAAAUAGGUUUCAAGAUGACAGCAAUGAUUUUAACGAACUAGAUGAAGAAGCUCCAAUAGAUUUAAGAGAUUAUAGAUUGAAACUUUUGGAGAGAAAAGUACGAAAUAGAACACUUUUAGGAGGGUUUAUAUUAGUUUUAAUUGCAAGUUCAGUUUUUAUUCUAGUAUUCACUAGAAAGAAUCCAGUAAAUUUCACAAAUCAAAGUACAAAUUCAAAAGGAAGAGUUAUAUUUUCAAACUCGACUCAUGAAUUUUAUAAAACAACUAUUGUGAUAUCUUUAGAUGGUUUUCAUCCUCAUUAUAUAAAUAUUCAUGACACACCUACACUACAUAAUAUGUUACUACAAGAUUAUGGAUCUCCUUAUAUGAUACCCAGUUUUCCAUCACUGACUUUCCCCAAUCAUUGGACGUUGGUUACUGGCUUGUAUCCUUCAGAGCAUGGUAUUGUUGGAAAUACAUUUUGGGAUCCUCAGUUAAAAAAACAAUUUAUAAAUACUGAUCCGAAAGUUGGUGGAUUAGAUCCAGAUUUUUGGAAAGGUGGAGAACCAAUAUGGCAAACUGCCAAACGUCAGAAUGUUAAACCAGCAGUUCAUAUGUGGCCCGGCUCUGAAGUUCCAACUAUUGGACCAGAAACUGAUUAUGAUAAAUUCAAUGGUUCUGAGGUUUUAUCUCUUAAAGUUGACAGGGUUAUGGGUUGGUUAGAUCGUGAAAUUGAAACAAGACCAGAAUUGAUUUUAACGUAUGUACCAACAGUUGAUGAAUAUGGUCACAAAUAUGGAAUAUCAGGUGAUGAUUUAACUCAAAGUUUAACUUAUGUUGAUGACUUCCUUCAAUUAAUGAGAACUGAAUUAGAAAGAAGAAAUUUGCAGAAUAUUGUAAAUUUGAUCGUUGUCAGUGAUCAUGGAAUGUCACCUACAUCAAAUGAUCGAUUAAUCUAUCUUGAUGAUUUGGUGGAUCUUAAUAAAAUUGAGCACAUUGAUGGCUGGCCAUUGAUAGGCUUAAGACCAAAAGACGAUGUGAAAGUGGAGGAUGUUGUGAUAGAAUUGAAUACGAAAAUCAAUCAACUUGACCCUAAAUUAUCUAAGAAUUACAACAUUUACACGAGAGAGAAUAUACCUAAAAAGUUUAAGCUUGGAGGUCAAUUAAAUGAUCAUAGAUUUAACUAUAGACUAGCUCCAAUAUGGAUAUUUCCAGAUGUAGGAUACGUGAUAACAACUCAUGAACAAAUGGAUAAAAUGCAGCAUGACUAUAAACCAAAAGGAGUACAUGGGUAUGAUAAUACACAUUUGUUGAUGAGAGCUAUAUUUUUGGGCUCAGGUCCCUAUUUUGUUGAAAAUUUCAAGAAUAAAAAAAUUAAACCUUUUAAAAAUACUGAUUUUUAUAACAUAGUUUGCGACACUUUGGAUUUAAAUCCUGCUGAAAAUAACGGAACUAUAGCAAGUCUACUAUUUCAAGAUAAAUUACCUAAUGAUUGGCAUGAUGAUUUGCAAUUCCCUAAUUUGGAUUUUGAGGUGGAUCAUAUAGUUAAGAAUAAUGCAACCUACGAUCAGUUGUGGAGACUAAAGAAUAAUCCGGAGCCAGCGGAUGUAAAUAAUGACCCCAAAAGCUCUUUAGACGAAGGGCAAAAGACAACUAUUGAAUCUCAAACUUUACCCAAACCAAGUGAUUUCAUACCUACGAUUACACAAUCAUCAUUUGAAGCAGCAACCCUGACUACUGUUUCAGUUAAAACUACAAAAGCUCAUGAGGGAUUUGGAGAGAUACUAGGUGAUAUAAUAGAUGGAGUUGAAGAAGGAGUUGAAGCAAUCGGAGAUAUUUUACAUAGUUUGAUAGAUGACAAUUUUUAA